CGUACUCUAAUGUUUUGCAUGCCUUAGCGGUUAGACCAUUGACCACGCGUCCUCGAGAGGACGGAGCAUUGUUCCCACAGGACCGAUCACCGAUGUUGGCGAAGACGGAGGGGUACGACCUGUCCGCCAUUGCAGGAACGGGUCCUGGCGGCAGGAUCAUCGCUGCGGAUGUCAAGGAGUUCGUGCCCUCUGCUAUCACUGCGGUGGAGGCUCCCAAGGCCGCUGCUGCUGCUGCUGCGGCAUCGGCGACGCCAGCUGUCGGACAGCCCUCCCCGUCUGGCGACUUCGUGGACUACCCCCUGUCCGAACAGGCGCUUGCGAUCGCGCAAGGGCUGACUGUGUCCAAGCAGACCGUUCCCCACUACUACCUCACCGUAGACCUGAAGCUCGAGAAGCUCUUGAAGGUGCGGGAGACAUUGAACGAGGGCUUGCCAGAGGACGAGCACUUGUCGCUCAGCGACAUGCUUCUCAAGGCGGCCGCCAUCGCUUCGGAGAAGGUCCCCGAUGUAAACGCCUCCUGGAUGGACACUUUCGUGAGACAAUACAACUCCUUCGACGUUAACGUUAUGGUGGGGGUCGGGGAUGGGCUGGUUGCGCCGGUGGUGCGGGAUGUCGGCCGCAGGGGCCUCAAGGCUAUCUCCAGCGACGUUAAGGCCUUGGCUAGCAGCGCGCAGGCGAUGGAGCUCGAGCCCCACCAGGUGGAGACGGGAACCUUCACCGUGACGAACCUCGGGGCAUACGGAGUCAAGAACUUCGCCCCGAUCGUGCGCAUGCCCCAGGCGUGUGCGCUGGCCAUCGGCGCCGCUGAGGAGAGGGUUAUCCCCAAGGAGGAUCCCGACAGCGAAGAGAUCUACCAGCUCGAGACGAUGCUGUCGGCUACCCUGAGCUGCGAUCACAGGGUGGUGGACGGAGCAGUUAGCGCGCAGUGGCUGGCCGCCUUCCGAGGCCUAGUGGAGAACCCGCUCACGAUGCUCCUCUAG